AAACGCAUUUAACAAAAAACACAUCUUCCAAUUAUUGCUAAAUCUUCCAAUUAGAGAAUUAAAAAAAUUGCUUUUCAUAUCUUUGAAUAGCGCUAGAAAUAACUGGAAAUGCCUUUAGUGGAUAGUGCUUAUUGUUCGAGGCCUAUCAAUAUUCCACCGCAUCUACCUCUGAUUUUAAAACAAUUCUGUAAGGCUGCUAUCAGAACACAACCGUAUGAUCUUCUCAAAUGGUCAAGCGCUUAUUUUCGAGCACUCGCUGAGGGAAUUGAACCCCCAACGAAAAUCAGAUUAGAAUACCCCCUACCAGGAACAAUAUCUGGACUUACCUUAGGAUUUUUAAAAGUGCUCUUACGUCAAUUUGGGGAUUAUAAUAAAUUAUUUCCGCUGGAAGUGAUUCUGCGUCGGUGGGACGAUUUGUGCCUCGACCGUAGAGACUUAGACCUUAUAAUGAUUAUUGGAAAAUUCCGACAUAAAUGUCAAGUAAAGAAAUUUCUUGCUAUUGCGGUAGGUCUUUUGGGUACCACUUUAUUCGAUACCAUGCUUAUGAUUUGUGAACUAUUCACAUUGGAACCUGAUGGUGGUUCUGCCAUGAUUCCUAUCAGUUUAUUCAUGGAGCUUUACGGAUAUUUGGCUGGCCUGAAGUGUGAUGGAAGUAAGCGAGAUACAACAAAAGAAGAUCCAAGUGAAUUCCUCAUCGUCGAUUAUCCAGGACCUACAGGUCUUCAAAUAUCUGGUGAUUCCCAUAAGAAUCUGGAGCCAAAGGCAGUUUCUUUAACAAGCCAGGACACAGAUGUAGACGUAGAAUUAGACUGUGACAAUUCAACAGAAAAUACUGUGCAUGACUCCUCCACUGAUAUUGGGGUAUCGAAAGACUUUCAAUUCGAAGGAGUCAAUGAUCAUGUGUUAAGUUCAGGAAAUCCGAUACAGGAAGUCGGAAUUACAGUUCAUCGAAGCCCUGAGGCGGAUAGCGAGUUACAAAGUGAGGAAAACAAGUCAAUUUUUGAUGAACAUCAGCACAGUGAGUUAGAAGGACAACACUUUCAUAAAAAAGGAACGAGUCUGCCAGCAGAAUUGUCUUCUUAUUAUCCAAAUAUUCCAGGAAUCGGCCCCCGAUUGAGUUCGGAACAGUUAGCAACAGUCGCAGUCUGGAUGGCCGAAUGUGCUCGUCUUCAAGGAGGCAUGAUAGGCCCUCGCAAUCUCCGGCAUUUUCAGUGUCCACCCCUAGAUCAUCAGGAAGCACUACCGUAGCAAAAAAAUAAUGUGCAAACCACUUACAUUGAUCACCACGUGCCUUAGGAUUUGUCACAUGGUUUUCACUGUUAAAUUCUCAGUCAUUGCGUUUAUGAAAAUUUAUAGUAUUAAUAUUAGUAUCAAUUUAUAGUAUUUAUAGUUGUCAUGUUGUCCUGUUAAUACAAUGAACGUUUACCAUGUUUCAAUAAUUGAAAAGCUUUAUAUAUCAAGAAAAAUAUGUUGUAGAGAUAUUUACAGAUUCAGCAUGAUUAGUAGACACGCACGAAAAAAAUUAAUAGAA